UGGAAACUUAAACCUGUACGCAGCAUGUCGAUUUUCUCUCUUUUUUUGUGACUGUCUGCACACGUGCAUGCACAAGAAUGUCAAAAAAGCAGCAAAAAGAGAGCGUCUUGUGUCGUCUUCCUGCUCAUUCAGGGUUAAAUUCUCACAGACACUUGACUUCCUCUUGCAAACCUCUCACUCCGACACCCUGGCAAGCCCUCCUCGUUUUUUUCCUCAAGUAAAUGUUAUAAAUAGUGCUGUGUGUUCUGUUGACCGCCAUCCUCCUCUCAAAGUGCAUCGCCCACCUUCGCUCAGUCAUUCACCUUUUCGCUUCUUCUCUCUCCAUCUGUUUCUCUUUCUGAGCACAAACACUUGAGUUCAACUUCUCUUCUUCUCUGCUUCUCUCUGAGGCUUUAACAGGAUUUUUCUGCUUGUUCUACACUCCACCAAGAUAUUUACAAGCUCUUCAGCAUGCGUUGUGUGAGUUGGUUAUUGCUGGGGACCUGUCUCCUGGUCCUGGGCCCCGCGGUGCAGGGAGCCCCGAGCCAGUGCCCCAGCCUGUGCCACUGCCAUGGUGACCUUCAGCACGUCAUCUGUGACAGCGUGGGGCUGAAGAAGAUCCCCCGGGUGUCGGAGGUGACCCGUCUGCUCAACCUGCAGAGGAACAACCUGGGCAGCAUUCCCACAGGAGCCUUCAGUGAAAGCAAGGGACUCAUCUCUCUGCACAUGCAGCACUGUCAGCUCCGAGAGAUCGGAUCCCAGGCCUUCAAGGGGCUGAAGAAGCUCAUCUACCUCUACCUGUCCAACAACGAGAUCAGCAGCAUCAAGCCCGGCGCCUUUGACGACCUCACCGAGCUCACCUACCUCUACCUAGACGGGAACCAGAUCAGCGACCUCAGCAAGGGCAUCUUCUCCCCCAUGAUCAACCUCUUCAUUCUGCAGCUCAACGACAACAAGCUGCGGGAGCUGCGGCCGGGGACUUUCACAGGCGCCAAAGACCUGCGCUGGCUGCACAUGAGCGGGAACGAGCUGACCACCCUGCACCCGGGUUCUCUGGACGAUGUGGAGAACCUCGCUAUACUUCACCUGGACAGGAACAAGAUGUCCACCUAUCCUGUUGCAGCCAUGAGCAAACUGCGAGUGGUGGAGGAACUCACGCUGGGGAGGAACCCCAUGAGGAUCAUCCCUGACAUCGCCUUCCAGAGCUUUGGCCGCUACAUGGAGAAACUCUACCUGGACAACAUGGGUCUGGAGAAGUUUGCUGAUGGUGCGUUCACUGGCGUCACGGCCGUCAAGUCACUGCACCUGGACAACAACAAGUUAAAGCUCCUUCCCAAAAGCCUCGAGUUUGGCACCAUCACCAACCUCACCCUCUCCAACAACCCAUGGAGCUGCACGUGCCAGCUAGCUCCACUGCGCAAGUGGAUGGACUCAAGCCGCAAUCGUCCAGAUGCAGUGUGUGCAUCUCCACCUCAACAGAAAGGAAAGCAAGUGAGAGACAGCACCGCCUUCAGUGGCUGCAGAGUCAAACCGAAGAGAGCCAAAAAGGGCACACGUCACUUGAGCAUGCAGCCGUACAGGAGACGCUGAGGAGGAGCCUGUCCAGGUGACUGGCUACACAUGCAACCAAAAGCAAUGCUAACUCAUUCUCCUUCAAGACUGUCCAACUAUUCAACUGACAAAUAUUGUCAUUGUGUAAACACAAACACGGUCGCAGAUACACUCCCUCUCUGUCUGUCUGCCUCUCUCACACCCAAACACACCAAGAGCUUCUCUUUUCACUCAUUCGAUCAGAAGGUGAAGACUUUAUGAAGUGGAAAUGUGCAACCUUCAGGUAACCACCAAAAUAAAAGAUGUGUGUGAGGAAACAAAGGCCACAAGAAGCAUGAA